AUGAUCUUCCCUUCCUUCUUCGUCGCGCUGCUUAUCGCGGCCCUCGCCGCCGCCCAAGACAGCAACACAACUACGUACAACGUGACCAUCUCCUGGUACGGGACCAACGACCCCAAGGGCUCGCCCAACUGCAACAGUAACACGGUAGCGUGCGGGUUCUACACCUAUCCCGGCUACGCGGCAGCCGUGUCGCAGAACCUCUUCGGCGCCGGCCCCGGCGAGGGCAAGGGCCCCGCGUGCGGGACAUGCUACCGCCUCACCGUCGAGACAGACGCGCAGGGCGGCAGCGCCGUGCCCAACGCGGGGUCCAGCAUCGUGGUGAAGGUGAACAACCUGUGCCCCGCGGACGGGGAUGACCCGAUCUGCGCGCAGCCCGACCUGCAGACGCCCAACCAGUACGGCGGGGUGGUGGACUUCAACCUGUGCAACGACGACGGGGCGCACGCGGCGCUGCUGGCGCCCGCCGGCACGGGGCUGGCGGGGGGCACGGCGGUGAUGGUGGGCUGUGGGGAGUGGAACGGGACGGAGAAGACGGACUGUGGGAGCUUGUGCGGGCAGAGUGGGAAGGACGGGCAGGGUUUGGGGGGUAUAUGA